UCUAGGAUGUUCUGUGAUGUUGGUAUUCCUGACUUAAAUGUCAAACGUCACUUUUGAGUUUUUGUGAUUCCAACCUAAAAUUUUAGUGCGAAUAAAAAUAUAAUGUUCAUUAUUUGCUGACAGGGACUGUAUAAUACAGUCUGUAUUUAACCACAUCAACAUUUUUAUUAGAUGGACUUUGUAUACUAGUAUUUUCCUAUAAAUAAAGCAAUAUAUAAAAAGGUAUUGAUGGUGCCUAAAAAUUGCGAAAUGGAAAUAAACACAAAAAGUAAUAAAACCAAUGAUCCGCUAAUAGUACAUUACAAACUUAGCUUUAAAAAUCUGUGUCUUCUUUCGUUGGCAUUUCCAUUAGUAAGCCUAUUAGUUUGUUUAAUUACAGGAUAUAUUUUUCAGCCAAAUGAUAUUCAUGAAACACACUGCCGUGUUUAUAAUAUUAUCCCCUCAAUAAGUGCCAUCACUGGUAUAAGCCCUCAAAUUUAUCUAUGGAGAAUAAGUGUUGCUUUUCAUAUUGGACCAAGAUUUAUAAUAGCAGCAGUUUAUAGAGCAUAUCAGCUAAAUUUAAUUAAUCCUACUGCACCUUAUCAGGCAAAAAAUUCUGCUCAAAGGUGGUUAAAUAUAUCAUUUUGGCUAGAAAUAAUUGAAUCCAGUUCCUUUUGUGGAGUUACAUAUAUUUCCAAUAGAGAAAACUAUCCUGUCCAUGAAAAACUUUUUAUUACCUUUAUGCUAAGCAGUUUGAGUCACAUGAUUGCAUGUAUAGUAGCAACAUCAAAAGUGGCCAUGACCAGAAAUAAUUAUAAAUCAGUUCAAAAGGGUAUUAAGUUCAAAACAAAAUUACUUAUUGUAUCCCUUGUAAGUGCAGCUGGUUUGGUUGGAUUUUUCAUGGAACAUAGGUUUUUUUGUCAUCGAAUGGCUUUUAGUAUGUUUGCUUUGUGUGAAUAUAUAAUUGCCAUAGCAAAUAUGGCAUUUCACAUUUCCAUAAUUCUGGAUUUUCCAACAGAACAUCUUGUAGUAGCUAGAGGAAUAUCAGGCUCUAUAAAAAUAGAUUAAGAAAUAAAAUCUUUUAACUAAAUAACUAGUCAUUUAAAACUGUACAUGAAUUAAACGUAAAAAAUAAUUAUUUGAGCAAUAUACCAUGAGAUUGUUAAUUUUAGCAGCUAA